CGACGAUCGUUUUUUUUUUUCCUCCUCUCAGGAGUCAGGAGCGUUAAUGGAUGUCAGAGAGCGUUGAGCCGCGGCGUGUGUGGAGAUAAACAUGGAGAAAAAUGUUGGCUCGCUACAGGAGCAGGCCCUGAAGAGAAAGGAGAGGCUGAAAGCACUGAGAGACAAGCAGCUUCAUGGGCGAGAGGAAGAUGAUGAGCCAGAGAAGAAAAAAGCUUCACUAGAGGAGACUACUCAUGAGAGGCACAGAGAGCUGAAGCUGAGGAAUUACACUCCAGAGGAUGAAGAGCUGAAGGAGAGACAGGUGCCCAAAGCUAAACCUGCAUCAGUGGAGGAUAAAGUAAGAGACCAGUUAGAGGCAGCUAAUCCAGAACCCAUAAUUGAAGAAGUGGAUUUGGCCAGCCUCGCCCCGAGAAAACCAGACUGGGAUCUAAAGCGUGAUGUGGCGAAGAAACUGGAGAAGCUGGAAAGGAGAACACAAAGGGCCAUCGCUGAGCUCAUCCGGGAUCGUCUCAGAGGCAGCGAGGACGAGUUGGCUGGAGCGGUGGGAGCAGUAGGAGUGGAGGAGGGAGAUUCGGACUGAACUCAAAGAUGUGACAGAUUUUAAAAAAGGAGACUACAGGUGGCCUUGGUUUACUGGGGCUGUACUGUCGCAUCUAUGAUGUGCUUAAAGAGACUUUCAUCGCUACAGGGAGUAAAAUAAUGUUUUCCGUCAGGUCUUCAAUUUUUCUUUUGUGAGUCUUGACUUGCAUUAUUACAGAUGGAUAUGUAGUACGUUCUCUUUAUGUGGUUUCAUUGAGGUGCGUUGUUAAUGUGACCAUUAAUAUUUUGUUGUAAUUUUUUUUUAUAUUUUCAAGUAAAAUAGAAAAUUGAAUUUUU